GCGUCAUCUGGCAAGGCAGUGGGCUCCGAGUCAACUGGCAUGACCGCGGGCACCGGGGCAGACAUUGAAUCGUCUGGCUGGACAGCGGGCAUCGGGUCACCAGGCAUCAGGUCAUUUGGCUCGACAGCGGGCACCGCGUCAUCUGGCAAGGCAGUGGUCUCCGAGUCAACAGGCACGACAGUGGGCACCGGGUCAUCAGGUACGACAGCGGGCUCUGAGUCAAUUGGCACGACAGCGGGCACCGGAUCAGGUACCGGAUCAUCUGGAUCAACAGCGGGCAUCGAGUCAACUGGCCUAAUAGGAUCGUCAGGCUGGAUCAGUUCAUCAUGCUGGGUAGAGGCUUCAGGCCGAGUACAGGCAUCAGGCCGAGUACAGGCAUCAGGCCGAGUACAGGCAUCAGGCCGAGUACAGGCAUCAGGCCGAGUACAGGCAUCAGGCCGAGUACAGGCAUCAGGCCGGUACAGGCAUCAGGCCGAGUAGAGGCAUCAGGCUGCGUACAGGCAUCAGUCUGAACCACGGAAGGCAGGCUCCCCGGUUUGGAUACUGGCAGGAUGCACUGCAAGUAAACGCAGGUCUGCAAACGAAUGGAGCAGCUGGAGACAGAGAAGAACUGGAGGAUGGAACAGGAGAGGAGCAGUUGCUACAGAGGGCUUUUUUACAGGGUUAAAGGCAGGAUAGGUGCAGCGAGUGGGAACAGGGUACUGACAUGCGGUAGAUAGCCAAGUAUACUGGGCUGUAACUGGAGGAGCUGGUGGGAAUACAGGAGUAGAGUUAGAAGCAGGACUGGGU